CACAACAAAUCAACCUCUCUCUCUCUCCAUCCCAUAGUUCAACAACACCUCGUCGCAUCAGCAUCUCUCUUCCGUUAGCGGCAGGAGCCAUGGCUCUCAUGACCCGAACAUCGUCGCGGAUUCCCCUCCAGCUCGCCGCCCAGCGCGCCCUCCCCAUCCACACCACAGCUCCUUCUCUCUCCUCCGCCGGGACAGGCGGCGGAGGCGCUCCCACCACCUACGCGCGGCCUCCGCCGCCCUCGGCCUCGUCGCCGACUGGGCUGUCCAAGACGGCGGAGUUCGUCAUCUCGAAGGUCGACGAUCUGAUGAACUGGGCCCGCCGUGGCUCCAUCUGGCCCAUGACCUUUGGGCUGGCCUGCUGCGCCGUCGAGAUGAUGCACACCGGCGCCGCCCGCUACGAUCUCGACCGAUUCGGGAUCAUCUUCAGGCCCAGCCCACGCCAAUCCGACUGCAUGAUCGUUGCCGGCACUCUUACCAACAAGAUGGCCCCUGCUCUUCGCAAGGUUUACGACCAAAUGCCUGAACCUAGGUGGGUGAUCUCGAUGGGAAGCUGUGCAAACGGUGGAGGAUACUACCAUUACUCAUAUUCUGUUGUCCGGGGUUGUGACAGAAUCGUCCCUGUUGAUAUCUAUGUUCCCGGUUGCCCUCCUACAGCUGAAGCUCUACUCUAUGGGCUUCUUCAGCUACAGAAGAAGAUCAACAGGCGCAAGGAUUUUCUUCACUGGUGGACCAAGUAAGGGCCUUCUAGUUGUAUUGGCACAUAUUUGGCUAUAUUUUUAUGCAAUAAAAUAGUUCUGGGGUGGUUUGCCCUGGAAAUGGGCUAUGUAAAGCAAGAUAUCGUGCUUAUGUCGCAAUUUAAACCUCAGGAUGUUCACUGUUAUGUUUUACCCAUAUUUCCUGCUGCUAGCUGGAGCUUUCACAGUACAACUAAGAUUAUGUAAAACUUUCUCUUCGUUGUUUCCUGUUUUUGACUGAGAAGUGGGGACUUAUUCAUCAUUUGUUAUCUGUACUUUCUACCAGUUGCCUACAGUUUUGUUUAUCCGGGAU